UGCCAGCCCGCCUUCCCCCGCUGCAACUGCCCCGAGGCCGACGUCCAGGCGCUGGAGAACAACCUGGCCCAGCUGCGGCGAGCCUGGGAGAGCCACCACGGCCAGUUCGAGGAGUCAGAGGAGUUUCAGGCCCUGGUGAAGAGGCUCCCCGGGGCGAAAAAAAACAUCUCCCACUUCUGGGCCAUGGACCUGGAUGUCCAGCAUCGCUACCAGCAACUGGGCACCAGCCUGAAGCUGCUCUCCAGGAAAACCCACCGACUCAUCCGGCGGCUCUUCAACCUCAGCAAACGCUGCCACCGGCAACCUCGCUUCAAACUGCCGAAGGAGAGGUCCCUCCCUUACUGGUGGAGCCGUGCACAGUCGCUCCUGUACUGCAGUGAAACCACCACGCCGGGGACCUUCCUGGAAGAAAGCCACAGCUGCACGUGCCCCUCCGACCAGCCCUCCUGCCAGGGGUCCAUACCGUGUGCCUUGGGUGAGGGACCAGCCUGUGCCAGCUGUGCUGAGGACAACGGCACCCGCUGCGGCACCUGCAACCACGGCUACGUGCUCGCCCAGGGCUUCUGCCGCCCGGAGGUGGCUGACUCGCUGGAGCACUACCUGGGGCUCGAGACGGACCUGCAGGACUUGGAGCUCAAGUACCUCCUGCAGAAACGGGACAGCCGCAUCGAGGUGCACUCCAUCUUCAUCAGCAACGACAUGCGCCUGGGGAGCUGGUUCGACCCCUCCUGGAGGAAGCGCAUGCUCUUGACCCUGAAGAGCAACAAGUACAAACCCGGGCUGGUUCACGUGAUGUUGGCCCUCUCCCUGCAGAUCUGCCUCACCAAGAACAGCACACUGGAGCCCGUCAUGGCCAUCUAUGUCAACCCCUUCGGGGGAAGCCACUCAGAGAGCUGGUUCAUGCCUGUCAGUGAGGGCAGCUUCCCAGACUGGGAAAGGACUAACGUAGAUGCCUCUGCCCAGUGCCAAAACUGGACGCUCACCUUGGGCAACAAGUGGAAGACCUUCUUUGAAACGGUCCACGUCUACUUGCGGAGCCGCAUCAAGUCUCUGGAUGACAGCUCCAACGAGACAAUCUACUACGAACCCUUGGAGAUGGCAGAUCCCUCCAAGAACCUGGGGUACAUGAAAAUCAACAGCUUGCAAGUCUUCGGCUACAGCCUGCCCUUUGAACCAGAUGCUAUUCGUGACCUGAUCCUUCAGCUGGACUACCCCUACACCCAGGGCUCCCAGGACACGGCCAUGCUCCAGCUGUUGGAGAUCAGGGACCGGGUGAACAGGUUGUCACCCCCUGGCAAAACCCGCCUCGACCUCUUCACUUGCUUGCUCCGCCACAGGCUCAAGUUGGCCAACAACGAGGUGGCGAGGAUCCAGUCCUCCUUGAGGGCCUUCAACACCAAGCUGCCCAAUGCAGUAGAGCAGGAGACGGGCAAGCUGUGCAGCUAACAGCCGGGGCUGCUCAGGUCUUGGAGCGAGGGGGCCAGGAGAAA